GCGCUCAUACUUGGCUCUCUUGUUUUUCUAGUUCAAGAAAAAGAAAAUGGCAGAGCGCUCACCAGAAACAGAGUACCCUAUUAAGGCAUAUGGCUGGGCAGCGAGAGACUCUUCCGGUCAUCUCUCUCCCUUCAACUUCUCCAGAAGGGGAACAGGCGAGGAAGACGUGAGGGUAAAGGUGUUGUAUUGUGGAAUCUGCGAUGGAGAUCUUUGCAUAACAAAAAAUAUCUGGGAAACUGCUGUGUACCCUAUGGUUCCCGGACACGAAAUUGUUGGAGAAGUGACAGAAGUUGGGAACAAGGUGAAGAAGGUCAAAAUUGGUGAUAAAGUCGGCGUUGGCUGUAUUGUUGGUGCAUGCCACUCUUGUGAGAAUUGUGUCAAUGACCUUGAAAAUUAUUGUCCCGAAAUGAUAUUCACCUACAAUUCUAUUCACCUGGAUGGCAAAAUCACUUAUGGAGGUUUUUCUGAUCAUGUAGUUGUUAAUGAACAUUACAUCCUUCGAAUUCCUAACAAUGUACCACUUGAUUCUCUUCCUCCUUUACUUUGUGCUGGAAUUACAGUGUACAGUCCAUUAAAAUAUUUUGGACUGGGGAAAGUUGGUAAACAUGUAGGUAUUGUAGGCCUUGGUGGUCUCGGUCAUUUAGCUGUUAAAUUUGCUAAAGCAAUGGGUGCUCAAGUCACGGUAAUUAGUACAUCACCAAGCAAAAAAACUGAAGCUUUAGAACGUUUGGGUGCUGAUGCAUUUUUGGUUAGCCACGAUACUGACCAAUUAGAGUUUGCUGCUGAAACAAUGGAUGGUGUUAUUGACACUGUUUCUGCAGCUCAUUCCCUCGCACCGUAUUUUAGUCUAUUGAAGUUCAGUGGACGACUUGUGUUGUUAGGUACACCAGCUACGCCAUUGGAAAUAUAUCCAUAUUCUUUGUAUGAUGGAAGGAAAGAAAUAGUUGGGAGUUACAUCGGAGGUAUAAAAGAGACAGAAGAGAUGAUUGAUUUUGCUGCAAAAUACAACAUAAAGGCAGAUGUUGAGAUUAUUCCAAUCGAUUACGUCAACAUUGCUAUGGAGCGAGUAGCUAAAUCUGAUGUCAAAUACCGCUUUGUCAUUGAUGUUGGUAACACCUUAGCUGUUAGAAAGCCUUAGCUUGCUAUGUUCAACAUCUAAUAUUCUACAUAUGUCCCUAGCGAUAUUAAAAUAUUUUUACCAUUGCUAAUUUUGUUAUUAUUUGCAUACAUUCAGAAUAAAUUUUAAUUUGGUACCCAUCGGGAUGUAAAAGUUUUGGAUUAUCAUUUAUAGGUUUAUCAAGAGCAAAAAUCCUAUGGAAC